AUGCUCAUGGUAGCUGCGUUAAAACUUGGCAACUUCGAAAAGGGUGUGAAGAUCUAUGAGGAUCUUGGUCACCGAGGUGUAGAAAAGACACUGAAGAGCUACUGCUGUGCAAUUCGGCUCUUUUCUCAACUUGAACGAAAGGACGAGACGAUGAAGGUUUGGAAUGAGGCACGUGCCGCGAACCUGUGGAACGAUUCCGAGAGUGCGAACUCGCUCAUGUGUGCAGCCCUGCAUGCAGCGGCGCAGUUCGCCGAUCACGGUUUUGCUACACAGCUGCUUGACAUGAUGCAGGAUAGGGGAAAGAUUCUCAAUGUCCUUGACUACAACCAGGCCCUGGACGCGUGCAAAAACUCGCUCCAGCACGAAGCAGCAAUGCACCUCUAUUCAGAAAUGGUCCGUGUAAAUGUAACACCCAAUGUCAUCACAUUCGCGUUGCUCGUGGGUGCUCACAGUGGGAAGCCUCUGAAAGAUAUUACGGAUGUCGCCAGCCAGAUGGCUCUUUAUGAUAUUGAACCAAAUGUGCCGUUCUUGGAAGAGCUUGUGUCAGCCAUGAUUGGUGCGCGGCGUCAGGGUCUCAAGAUCACUGAUCUGCAGCAGGCACGGAUGGUGGCUUCACAGUCACCUGCCUCUCACCUGCGCGCGGCUCAGCGGGUUAUCGAGCAAAUCGAGAGUCAAGGCGUGGAACUGAGCCAGCUGCUCAGGCGCUUCAAAGCUGCGAUGUCCUGGGCUCUUGAAAAUUCUGGGGCUUCCGAGACUUAG